UAGAUAAUACUGAAGAUAAUUCUAUUUUUGAUUUUAUGAAAGUAUUAAAUAAAAAUGACAGAAAUAUUGAUAUUAAAGAAGAGAGAAAAAGUAAAGGAGAAGAUAAUGAAAGUAAUUCAGAGUGUAAAUAUUAUGAAAAUAAA